UUCAGAACGGUAUUCAUUGGAUGUAGCCUUUGUCGAAAUAACUAAAAUUGUUGUAUUUUUAAGUACAACUCUACAUCUCUCUCAACAAAGUUGUAAGCUAAAGUUUAAGAAAGCCCAGAUGCUGACGUAAAAGUAAAAAUAUUCAACACCAGCAACCCCGUGGGUUCAAAGAUCAAAACAACAUGUAUAUGGGUGCACCUCUAAGCAGUGACCCGCGUAUGGCAAUUCAGCCAGGGAUCCAGCCAAUGGGGACUGCAGGUUAUCCGAGUGUAAACCCAUAUGGCUCCAGCGGUAUGCCCGGUAUGCCUCCCGCCCCAAGCGGCCUACCAGGAAGUCUAGGCCCAAUGGCGCCACCUGGUGGCCUUUCCGGUUCCUCUGCACCACCCGGAAGUAGCUUAUCUUUAGGACAAACUCAUCCAGGGGGUUUACCUCUUGGACAUUCACCAUUAGGACAUUCGAGUCUAGGACCAUCUGGUUUAGGACCUUCUGGCCUAGGCCCAUCAAGCCUAGGACCUUCUGGACCUAGUCUAUAUGGCACACCACAGGGGAGGACUUUGGCUCUAGGACCAACACCUCAAGGACUCACAUCUAUAGGACAGAUGCAUGGGCAUGCAUUGAAACCAACCCCAACACCCCCCAGUAGCUUAUAUGGACCAGGCCAAUCAUUCUCUGCAUUACAUGCAGCUAAUGGUCAGCCUGUUUAUAGAGGGAUGCCGGGUCAAUCAGCAUCUGGUAUAAGUCCCUACCCAGGCGCACCAUCUCCUGUGACAUCACAGGCAGGAUAUCCAGUAGGAAUGCUUCAUCAGCAAGCCAUACCUCACCCCUCAGGUGGCUUGUCUAAUGGGAGCCUUCAACCAGGUGGUCUCCUAGGGAGCCAGUCUAACGGAGUUAGUACGUUACAUCCUAUCCCAAACCCUAGUUCAGCUGCAAGGAAUGGAGGUCCUGGUCAAGCCAGUCUGUUAGGUCAACCUAUGCGUCAUGUCUCCUCUUCUCCCCAUGCCCCUAGUACAGGUCCAAGCUCUUUCUACCCUCCCCCAAGUAAUCAUGCUUACGCAAGUGCACCGAUUAGUUCAUACAAUCCAUAUUCCCCUUACGCUACCCCAUCUGCAACAUCUCCCUUGUACCACACAGGGCCCAGCUUGAAUGGGGCCAUGAGUCCAUUAGGGUACCCUUCCUCUACCCUCUCGCAAGCAAGCUAUGGGGCAUCACUCUCCAUGCAAGGGCCAGCAGGCUCUGUCCCCCAAGGGCCCCAGGGAAUCCCAGGGUACCCGAGUACAAUGUCGCAUAUGCCUUACCCGUAACAAAUCUGCUGAGUGAUGACCCCCUCCUUCUCCUGGACUAGGGAGGAUAGGAUGAAAUGACUAAUCUCAAAUGGACAACAAUAAUGGAAAAGCUCAUUAUAAUACACAGUAUAUACUCAAUGGUUUUACAUUGCGAUUUUAGAUUGAAAUUUAUGAAACUUAAUGGUGGUAUCUUACAUAUUAUUGAUUAGAUAAAUAAGUCAUAUCAAGUAUCCAAAGUCAUCGAGGAAAUUUGUCAAUUUCUGUUUGCUGAUAUUUCGUUGAAUAUGAAAGAUAAUAUCAUUUAAAGGGGUACAAGAAUCAUGAGAGUUUUAACAUCACUAGGUUUUAUUUUCAAAAUAAAAGUUCGAUUGGAAUUAUAAUUGACAUUUUUUUCAUUAUGUUGACAGUAAUCAUGUGUAAAUACAAAUAAUGGUGUAUCAUUGACUGAACUUACAUUGACUUAGUGCUGACAAAUCAUGUUUGUAGUAAUCAAUGAUAUUAAAUGUCAUGUGGAUACAUUGAAGUGUGACAUUAAAAGAAACCUGCCAAUUGUCCUUGACAUUGCUUGAUGAAGUCAUUUACAAAUCAGACAACUCUGAUUUAACACUACAUAGUGCAAGGCAAUUGGAUUGUAUGUCAAACAAGCAUAAAAACAAUCACACAGACCAUAGUGCAAUAUUACAUGAAAAAAAUGUAUUCAUAUUU